AUGCUACCCCUGACUACGAAAGAUCCUGUGAAAGGAUCCCCUUCUAAGGCUUUAGAGUACCCUAAAGAGCACGAAUUAGAGUGUAAGCGGAAGCAACUUGAAAAGAUGCGAGUAUUGACGAAUUCGUUGGGCCUCAUAUCGGACUCAUUCCACAUGUUCUUCGAUUGCACUGGUCUAUUGGCUGGAGUAAUAGCUUCCGUUAUUACGAAGUGGCGCGCAAAUGAUAAGUUCUCGUACGGGUACGUGCGAGCAGAAAUUUUGGCGGGAUUUGUGAACGGCCUGUUCCUGCUGUUCAUCGCAUUUUUCAUCUUCUCCGAAGCCGUUGAGCGGCUCGUGGAACCACCGGAAGUGAAGCACGAACGCUUGCUGGUUGUUUCGGUGCUCGGUUUCAUUGUCAACCUCAUAGGAAUAUUUAUUUUCCAACACGGCCAUGCUGGAGGUUGCGAUGGACAUGGCCAUGGAGGAGGACACUCACACGGUCACGGAUCACACGGACAUGAUCACCAUCAUGGGCACGACCAUCACCAUGGACAUGAUCAUCACCACCACGGCCAUGACCACGGCUUCCAGACGUCGGGUUCGAAGAUCAUGCAGGGUGUUUUCUUCCAUAUUCUGGCGGACGCGUUGGGUAGUGUUGGGGUGAUAAUUUCUUCCCUGCUGAUGCAGUACUUCGGUUUGAUGAUCGCCGAUCCAUUGUGUUCUAUGUUUAUCGCCAUCCUUAUUGCUCUCAGCGUUCUAUCGUUAAUAAAGGAUUCAGUUAUGAUCUUGAUGCAGCGCCAGCCGAAAGAGCUGGAUGGGAAACUCGCGGGUUGUUACCAAAAAGUCAUGGAGCUUGAUGGAGUCUAUAGCGUGCAGGAGCCUCACUUCUGGACAUUAUGUACGAAUGUCUUCGUAGGUGGAGUAAAGUUGGAGGUGUCCCCAAAGGCUGAUCCUGCAUUUAUCGUCAGCCACACGCACAUGAUCUUCGCUAACGUGGGAGUGAACCAGAUGUACGUUCAACUGGACUUCGCACGCAUGUGA